AUGAUGAUCUCGAUAAGGGCAAUAACAAGAACGCACAGCAACUUUAAAAUAUGCUUGCUUCGACAAUUUAGCAGUCAGAUUCAGACUGUCCCGCUGGAAUUCGACAAAUACGAGCCUCCACUUCGCGAUCCAUCGGCACCACCAAUAGUCUUUCUUCACGGGCUAUAUGGGCAUAAGACAAACAACAGAACCGCAUCCAGGAAAUUGGCUAAGAUAUUGGGAAAUGACGUCUAUUGCUUGGAUUUGAGAAACCACGGCAUAUCGCCUCAUACAAAGAGACACGAUUACCCAGCCAUGGCUGCUGAUGUGGAACGGUUCUGCGAGGAACAUGGGUUGGAGAAGGCCAUCAUGAUGGGUCACUCGAUGGGUGCCAAAUGCGCAAUGGCAGUUGCUUUAAGAAGGCCUGAUCUCACCUCAAUGCUUAUAUCUAUUGAUAAUGUUCCCUGUCGAAACGACAGGGCAGAGCGCGAGUUCAUGGAUUUCAGUGAGUAUGCCCAGAUACUGGAUUAUAUCACCACCAGAACCACACCGUUUGCCUUUACAACUAUAAAGCAGGCAGAUGAUGAGCUUGCAAAAUAUGAGAGCAAUGCUUUGGUGAGGAAGUUUUUACUGUCUAAUAUCAUCAGAGAUCAACAUGUUCUGCAGACUCACCCCAACGAUCCUCAUGCCCUGGUACUAAAGUCCAAGAUCCCUCUGGAUACCAUCUACGACCAUAUGGUGGAUAUCAGGGGCUGGCCGUUUUCGGAUGACGAUACUUUUGAGAAGAGAUCUCUUUUUAUCAAGGCAGACCAUUCGCCAUUUGUUUCUGAGGAAGAAAUUCCCAUGAUCAAGCAACACUUCCCGAACUAUGAUUUCGUCUCCAUGAACUCCGGUCAUUGGGUGGUGACCGAAAAGCCUGAUGAGUUUGUGCAUGUGGUCUCGACGUGGAUCAAGGAAGGAAUUGAUAAAUAG